GGCAAAGCCUGGGGACCUGGGGGUGCCACUGUGCCAUGUCUCUUGUGUCCCUCCUCAGGUACCAGUUCAACCCAGCCUUCUUUCAGACCACUGUCACCGCCCAGAUCCUGCUGAAGGCCCUCACCAACCUGCCCCACACCGACUUCACCUUGUGCAAGUGCAUGAUCGACCAGGCACAUCAAGAAGAACGGCCUAUCCGACAGAUUUUGUACCUUGGGGACCUGCUAGAGACCUGCCACUUCCAGGCUUUCUGGCAAGCCCUGGAUGAGAACAUGGACCUUCUGGAAGGCAUAACUGGCUUCGAGGACUCUGUGCGGAAGUUUAUCUGCCAUGUGGUGGGCAUCACCUACCAGCACAUCGACCGCUGGCUGCUGGCCGAGAUGCUUGGGGAUCUGACAGGUAAGGUCUGGGUCCUUGGGCCAACCUGGAGCGGGGAGGGCAGGCAGGGGCAUUGGGCCUCAGCCAUCUAGGCUGUUUCCAAGCCC